AUGAAGCUGGUCCUCCUGCCUUGGAUUUUGAUGCUGCUCUCGACAAUCCCAGGCCCCCGGCUCACAGCAGGUGCCCAGGAGAGCUGUUCCCUGCGCUGUGGGGCACAGGAUGGACUCUGUUCCUGUCACCCAACCUGCUCUGGCCUUGGCACCUGCUGUGAAGACUUUCUGAUCUACUGCCUAGAGAUAUCACCCUCCUCAGGCUCCAUGAUGGGUGGCAAAGACUUCGUGGUGCAACAUUUAAAGUGGACUACCCCUACUGAGGGUGUCAUCUGCAGGUUUAAGGAGAGCAUCCAAACCCUUGGCUAUGUCGACAGCUUGAAGCAAGUGCACUGUAUAUCGCCCUUGCUCUACGAAAGCGGCCACAUUCCCUUCACCGUCUCUAUGGACAAUGGCCGUUCCUUCCCUCACGCAGGCACUUGGCUAGCUGCACAUCCCUACAAAGUGUCUGAGUCUGAGAAGAGCCAGCUGGUGAAUGAGACCCAUUGGCAAUAUUAUGGCACGUCAGACACCAGGGGAAACCUCAGCCUCACCUGGAACACCUCAGCGCUACCCAUGCCGGCCGUCACCAUUGAGCUGUGGGGCUAUGAGGAGACAGGGAAACCCUACUCUGAGAACUGGACGGCAAAGUGGUCCUAUCUGUACCCUUUGGCUACCAACAUCCCCAAUACUGGCUUCUUUACUUUUACUCCCAAACCCGCAUCACCUCAGUACCAGAGGUGGAAAGUAGGUGCUCUGAGGAUCAGCAGCAGCCAGAACUAUCCAGGACAACAGGAUGUGCUGGCACUCUGGACCAAUGAUCACGCACUGGCUUGGCACCUGGGUGAUGACUUCCGGGCAGACUCUGUAGCCUGGGCCCGUGCGCAAUGCCUAGCCUGGGAGGCAUCAGAAGACCAGCUACCCAACUUUCUGACGGAACUGCCAGACUGCCCCUGCACACUGGCCCAGGCCAGGGCUGAUUCUGGACGCUUCUUCACUGACUAUGGUUGUGACAUUGAACAUGGCAGCGUAUGCACCUACCACCCAGGGGCUGUGCACUGUGUACGCUCUGUGCAAGCCAGCCCCAGGUAUGGCUCAGGCCAGCAGUGCUGCUACACAGCAGCAGGCACGCAGCUGCUGACCUCAGACUCGACAAGUGGCAGCACCCCUGAUCGCGGCCAUGACUGGGGCGCGCCCCCGUACCGCACUCCUCCCCGCGUGCCCGGCAUGUCUCAUUGGCUCUAUGAUGUCAUCAGCUUCUAUUACUGCUGUCUUUGGGCUCCUGAGUGUUCCCGAUAUAUGAAGCGGCGGCCGUCCAGUGACUGCCGCAGCUACAGCCCCCCACGCCUGGCCUCUGCCUUCGGGGACCCCCAUUUUGUCACCUUCGAUGGCACCAGCUUCUCGUUCAGUGGAAAUGGAGAGUAUGUUCUGCUGGAGACUUCACUGAGCGAUCUGACAGUGCAGGGACGGGCCCAGCCUGGGAAAAUGCCCAAUGGCACCCAGGCCCGUGGUACAGGGCUGACUGCAGUGGCUGUCCAAGAAGAUAACUCGGAUGUGAUAGAGGUGCGGUUAGACAGCAGGUCCCAGGCCUUGGAAGUAUUGCUGAAUCACAAAAUGCUAAGCUUCACUGAACAAAAUUGGAUGGACCUGAAGGGCAUGUUCCUGUCUGUGGCCUCUCAGGAUAAGGCGUCAAUCAUGCUGUCAUCGGGAGCUGGCCUCGAGGUCAGUGUACAAGGUCCUUUUCUGAGUGUGAACAUCCUGCUGCCUGAGAAGUUUCUGACCCAUACCCGUGGUCUCCUGGGGACACUCAACGAUAACCCCAAGGAUGACUUCACCCUGCGCAAUGGACAGGUCCUGCCCCUGAAUGCCAGUGCUCGGCAGGUGUUCCAGUUUGGAGCCGACUGGGCUGUCUCCAACACCUCUUCCCUGUUUACCUAUGACUCUUGGCUUCUGGUCAACCAAUUUAUGAACCAACAACCCAAGCACGACCCCAACUUCACACCGCUCUUCCUUGAUGAGAUCACACUCAGCCCCAGCCAGGUGGAAGACAUGACCAGACUGUGUGAGAAUGACCGUUUCUGUGUCCUUGACGUGAUAAGCACAGGGGACCCGAGCGUGGGCAAUGCUACCCGGAUAGCUCACCAACUGCACCAGCAUCGUCUGAAGAGCCUGCAGCCUGUGGUAUCCUGUGGCUGGCUACCCCCACCUGUGAAUGGGCACAAGGAAGGCUUGAGGUACCUGGAAGGAUCUGUUGUCCGAUUUGGCUGCAACAAUGGCUUCAGCUUGGCAGGGCCAGAGAGUAGCACCUGCCAGGCGGAUGGGACAUGGUCUACGCCUACCCCAGAGUGUCAGCCAGGGCGGAGCUACACGGUGCUCCUGAGUAUCAUCUUCGGAGGCCUGGCCAUAGUGGCACUGAUCUCAAUCAUCUAUAUGUUGUUCCAUCGCCGCAGGAAGAGCGACAUGAACAUGUGGAGCUCGCAGCCCUGAGACCAGAGCGCCCUUGACUGUGUGCUCGCCAAGACCCAGCCUUCCCCGGGGAGAAGCGCAAAGAACGUGUACCCUAGUCCUUUGAAUGUCACAUCUAGUAUCUGUGCCUUUAACACUAUGGACCUGUGCCUAGCCUGUCCUUCUGACUGAGACAUGAUACCGGAUAGUCUUAACUCCUGAACCCCGCUCCCAACACUCCUCCGUCAGUAACCUGCACUUCAUCGUCUAUUAUAGCUCUAAUUUCCCCGUCUUGAAGGAUGGCCUUCUUGUCCCAUCCAAGAACUGGAGUACCUAUGUCCCAAGCCCAGAAGUUCCUGCGUUGGAAGCUUACAUUUCAGUCCCUCACAUCCCAAAGCCUGAUAAACUGAGACCUGGUGCCUGCCCUCCCGUGAGGGCCCCCGGAGCUAAGCUGCCUCCAUUCCUGCCCCAUGGCCCAACUUGAGAGCUCAGGUUGGCCCAGUCCCAGUGAAGAGUGGCCUCAGAGCCAGAGCGGGGAGAAAGAGAACUGUUCAGCAGAGAAGAGACAUCUUUUGUACACCAGGCUUCUGCACUAACCUCUUCUCUAGUGUACUAAAAACAAGUUCAUGUUACAUCUU